CACACCGGGGCUGACCACAGACAAAGGAGCUGCGCGCUCAUUGGCUCCGGCCGUGUGCGCUCUGUUGGCCCCCAGCGCCCGCAGCUCCAGCCUCUAUUCACAUGUUAAUAAGCCCCUAUAAAUACUAACAACAGCCAGUCCGCACCAGCAGCACGACACACAGGGGUGGCACAAUAAACACAGGGCGCCUCGCCUGCUUUUUUUUUUCUUCUCCCCCCCCUCCUCCCUCCGUCUGCCUGUGACCGGUUCCGUUUGCCAGCUGUCCCCAUUCGCCGACGACACCGGAGGCGAAAAGCAGCAGCGGGAGAAGCCACAGACGCGGCGUUCCGACCAACAUGGCCCCCGCCGCCCCGCCCGGUAACGCUGGACUUUACGCGGAGGAGGACGAGUCCUGCUACGGGAUUCAGAAAGCGGACAGAAAGAUCAGGAAACCUCUGGUGGAGAAGAAGAGGCGAGCUCGCAUCAAUGAAAGUCUGCAGGAGCUGCGGAGCCUGCUGGCGGACACGGACCUCCAUUCCAAGAUGGAGAACGCAGAGGUUCUGGAGAUGACAGUGAAGAAGGUGGAGGAUGUUCUGAAGAACCGGUCUCAAGAGGCCGACGCGCUCAACAGAGAAGCCAGCGAGAGGUUUGCAGCCGGCUACAUCCAGUGCAUGCACGAGGUCCACACGUUUGUGUCCAACUGCCCGGGCAUAGACGCCACGGUGGCCGCCGAGCUCCUCAACCACCUGCUGGAGUGCAUGCCCCUGAACGAGGACCACCUCCAGGACGUGCUGAUGGACCUGAUCACGGACACUCCGGGGACCAACGGCAGCACUUGGCUCGGGGGGGCCGCCGAGGGGCUCGGCUCGACGGCGCCGCCGCCCACGUCGUCCGCCGACGAGUUGUGCUCAGACCUGGACGAGACGGACAGCGAGCACAACCAGAGCUCGACGGAGGGGGCGGAGAGCGGGGAGGCCCUGAGCCUGCCCACCAUCACCUACCCUGAGUGCAUGUGGAGACCUUGGUAG